AUGUUUUUAGGUGGUUUCAAAGGUUGGCUUUCGUAUAGAAAAACUAAGAAAUCAAACGAUUUAGAGAUGAAUAUGUUACCCAUACAGAGAGGUGCAGAAACUAUAGCUACAAAUGGUGCUAAUAGCUGUCAAUAUUGUCAAGCCCAGAUUGAACACGAUCGUUGUCGGAAUGCGGCUGGUGAAUUACAAUUGCCUACAGAACCACCACCUGCUUAUCGCAGAUAA